AUGGCAAAGUGUGGAGCAUGCGGCCGCUACCUUUCGGUGACAGAUGGCCUUACCUGUGGCAAAUGUGAUGCCACAUGUCAUCGCGGCUGCCUUAACUUAUCUGAAAAGGUAAAGAUAUCAACUUCCUGGAUGUGCCCAACUUGUAAGAGUAAAGUUCCUCGUGCGGGGGACAAUUCUAAUACACCGGUAAUGUGUCAGGAUGUUGGAGAUAAUAGUCCCGUCUACAAAGACAUUGACAUAGGCCUAGAAAUACGCCUGUUACGUAAUGAGCUCAGUGAAAUGCGCAAUGAGCUGAAGGAUAUCAGGGACAAUUUCGCCAUGUUAAGGGAUACAAUGCUCGAAGUGUAA